AUGGAAUGUGGAAUAUCGGCCCUAGCUUUUUCGAAGAGGUUUUUAGAUCGCCAUUUGGAAUAUAUUGCUAAACGAUCAGAUCCUAGAUCAAAAACAAUUUCUUGUGAACAAUCUGGAUAUCAGGAAGGUUUAGACACUGGUAUUGGAAUUGGUAUUGGAAUUGGUAUUGGAAUAUCUGCUGUUAUUGUAAUUCUGGUUAUACUGACAAUAUUUAUAUAUAGAAAAUAUCAUCCAGCCAAUAAGAAACUACCAGAAGAAAGUUAUGCAACGUUUUCUAAUAGAAAUCCUGAAGAUAGAACAUAUGAAGAUUUAAACACUCGUCCUGAAGUUAACGAUAACAAUCAACAUAAUUCUGGAGAUGCAAAAGAAUAUGAAAAUAUGAGAAGAAAUUAA